GACCAAAACCGAGCCGGUAGCCAAACAUGCCGUAAUAAACCCCUUAAACCCUGCGCACAAAAUUGCAGCUUCAAGUCUUCAACCGAUCGCUGCUGCGCUUCGCUUUCCUUCUCUCAUUUGGCGCUGCUCUAACGGUUCAGAUUUUUGGCUCUUUUUUGCACUCUUUGCCAUGUCUUUGCUUGAGGUGAUCAGAAAUGCUUCAGCCAAUACUGACAAAGUUGCAUCACAGUCUGAAUACCCAAUAAUCCUAAACGCAGAUGAUGUUUUCCUCAAUUUGAAGCCACAGCUUGAAACUGUAGACCCUACCUCACUUGCUAAUCCUGUUACUGGGUGGCAACUCUCGCAAGGUGAUACUCAACUCAUUGAAUCAGGCAAGAAAUUCUAUACUAAGCUCAAACGAAAGCUCAAAGACACUACUAAUUUCAGUAAAGGUGAAUUUGUUGAAAUUUUGAAUCUGUUUCUUGAGAAAAUUGCGGAGAAGUUUGGGAUUUCUGCUGGAGUUGAUACCUCAGAUAAUGGCUAUACCCAGGUCUUGGUUGAAAAGACGGGGUUUUUGAUGGGUCGUGAUGUGGCGGGAUUGGUUUUGGAGGCCUGUGUUAGGUUGGAGAUUUGGUACUUGGUGGAGACUUUGAUUGUUAAAGGAAUUAUUGACCAUUCAUGUUAUUCAAAUUUGGUAACAAGUCUUGUAGUAAAAAAGAGGUCUGAUUUGCUGUGUUUGAUUAUCAAACAUGCUCCAGAUCUUGGAUUGACCGAGUUGCUAUGCAUUUUGAAAUAUUUUCUUUGUCCAUCAAAAGACGCCUAUAGUAGUAUGGUGAAUGUCAGGAAGGAGUGGGAGAGCCAGGCGUUGUUAGCUAUUGAAAAGGUGAAGGACAAGAAACUCUCAGACAAGAAAUCACACGUAGCUAAGGAGGCUUCAAUUUUGCUUAUGCUUGCCCAUGAUGGUUUCUCAACAUCUGAGCUUUGUUUGCAUUAUUUGCUGGCCUCACCAAAUGUUGAUGAAGUUAUAUUAUCAGCUUCAAUAGGUAAAUUGAAUGUUAAAGAGAUGAUGAAUUUAAUUAGGUAUCUUGGGAAGUGGUUAAAAAAGUAUGAAAUGUUUCCUCAGGCAGUUCCAUGCCCUAAGGCUUCAUCUGUGCUGGGCUUGAAAGCUUGUGAUUGGGUUCCCAAACUUGAAGAUAUUGUUAAAUUUCUGGAGUUGGUGCUGGAUGAAAACUUCUCUUCCCUGGUGUUGCAUCCAGAGUUUCAUGAAGAGCUGAAAUCAAUUGAGACAUUGGUUGGUCCUCUGGCUUUAGAAGCCAAAUUAUGUUGCUCUGUGGCAAAUGUGAUUGAGAAUUUGAAAACUGAAGCUGAAGGUGAACAGAGUUAGCUGUUAUCAAUGGGGUUUCUCUGAUCCGUAAUUUAUGUUUUAGUAUUUGGCCUAGUCUAUUAUCUUGUUUAACCCCUUGAUUUAUAUGUAAUUUCUAUUACAAAAUUUGCAUUGGUCGCUAGAAUCAGUUUGUUCAGAUGUGUCAACUUCUACACAUUUUUUCGUUUCAUUUUAGAGUUUGACAUAGUGUUUCUCUGUACACUAAAUUUUCUUCU